GGAUUUUUUUGCCUAAAAAAUUAAGGUAAGGAGUGGUUGAUGAAAGGUGUCCUCUCUAUUAAGUACACCUGGGAUAUUUCUAAUUAGCUAUGGAUAGCCACAGGCUCCUGCAUAAUGAUAGCGUAUUCAAGUAGACAGUAAAUGUACUUAAACAUUACACCAUCUAUUAACGAAGCUGUCUGCACGCAACACAGAUUUGGAAUUUAGCUUGCAACUGAGUAGUCAAACAGACCAAAAAAAUCGCGUGUGUGGCGUCCGAUAGGGAAGUCUUUGCCUCCGAAAGAUGGAAUGUGCACGGCACUUGAAAUUCUUUCAGCCAUUUCACUAAUGCAAAGCCCAUUUCUCGUUUUCUUACUGCUCUGCUGAUGAAUAGCUACGGAACUAUUACAAUCCUGGCAUUUCGCAAAUCUCGGGAAAUAAGAGAAAAUAUGUGUCUCGUGCUCAGGCACAUAAAAAGCACUGUGAUAAACCUUUUAUUGUAUAGCAGUCGUCCUCUGGUGGGAAGAAGUGGUAUUUUCCUGAUAGAAACCAAAUGAUGUUGAAUCCACUGGGUCUAGCUGCGUUUGGGAUAUUUGAUUGAUUUUGAUAUCCCACAGCCCUGAACACUGUUUGUUUUAUUAUCUUGAUUUAUGUCCAAUUUCUACACCGAUUACAACUAAGUCAUGCAGUUUAGUGUGGGUCCCUUGCCACACGAAAACGCAGGGAUUUAAUACGGUUGGCCGGCUUGUGGAGCUCCAUUUUUUUGUUGUUGCCAAGUUCAAAGUUCGCAGCGAAAGAACAACAAACAAAGCAGACAGCAAUGUACUAGCUAACUUAGUUUAGUAGUUUGUAAGUAUCAAUUGCUUCUACCUCAACUAAUUUGACGAAAUGACAUCAGCGUUAUCUAAACACACGUUGUUGUUCACGACAUUUAGUCUAGCUUUGACCCGGGUAUCAUACUGCUCAGUUGCAAAUGCUAACGUUAAUUCAAGCAUACCUGCGAUUGCAAAUUAUUUCGGAACGAAAGGCAGAUAUGAGGAAGUAAACCCCUAUCUCAUUAAUGACAUCCUCUCGGUAAACAAAUCCCUUUUAAAACCGGGAUGUACCGAUUGCACUGCUGUUCAUGUGACCGCCAUAAUUCGGCACGGAACACGAUAUCCAACGAUCAAAAAUAUCAAAAGGAUGCAACGGCUUCACGACCUUGUUCUAAACGACGCAAUGAACACUGAUAAAUGGCUAACUGACAUAAAAACCAAGUGGGAAAUGUGGUACACUGAAGACAUGGAUGGCAAGCUUGUGGAAAAGGGGCGAGAUGACCAUAGGCAUCUGGCUGUCAGGUUGGCAACAUUCUUUCCAUCUUUGAUGUCAGAGGAAAACCUCAGGAGCCAUCGUAUCCGUUUCAUCACUAGCUCCAAACACAGAUGCGUGGACAGCAUUGUCGCUUUUCAAGAAGGCCUACUCAACCUUUGGAAAGUAACAGAAGUUGGACCCAGCCACGAAAUCAAUGAUGAGUUGAUGAGAUUCUUUGACCAGUGCAAAAAAUUUGUUGACGAUGUGGAGAACAACAAAACUGCCCUCGAAGAGGUCCACCUCUUCAAGGCCUCAGCAGAGAUGAAAAUAGUGCAGAUGAAGAUGGCUGCCCAACUGCAAGUUCCAUACAAUCACAUCACACCAGAUCUGGUGGAGGCUGCAUUCUUCCUGUGCUCAUACGAGUUUGCCAUCAAAUCUUUGAACUCCCCCUGGUGCAACCUGUUUGAUGAGACUGACGCCCAAGUGCUGGAGUACAAAAAUGACCUGAAACAGUACUGGAAGAGGGGCUAUGGUCAUGACAUCAACCGCAAGUCCAGUUGCGCUCUUUUUCAUGACCUGUUCAAUCGCCUUGAUAAGGUUGCUCAUGAGAUCAGAUUUGGGCAUGUAUCUGAGGCUGUGACCAUUCAGGUGGGCCAUGCCGAGACCCUCCUGCCCCUGUUGGCCCUCAUGGGCUUUUUCAGAGACGAGACGCCCCUGACCGCCGACAACUUUGACCUGCAACAUGGCCGCACCUUCCGCACCAGCCGCAUCGUGCCGUACGCAGCCAACUUGGUCUUUGUGCUGUAUGACUGCAGUGAAGGCCUCCGGCUACAGUUCCUCCUCAACGAGACACCUCUGAAAUUCCCCAAUAUAAACCACCAGGCUCCUCUGUACAAUACGGUCAGAGAGACCUACAGAGAGUUGCUGCACGGCUGCAAUUUCGAGAAGGAGUGCGAGCCGUCCAGACCCAACAGAAACUGUGAGCUGUGAGCUUGGGGCAUGUGAAGGUGGAGGGCUCUUUCUAUACAUGGGUUUGAAGACUUUAGCACAAGUUAUCAUGAUGCUUGCUUUCUUUUCUAGGGUCAUCCAGGGUCUUAAUUGAAUUCACUCUUUUUAGAGGAGGGAGAGCUUUAUAUUUAUGCUAUUUCACGGUUUCAUAUUGAUUUAUAUUAUAUUGCAGAUUUCAGGUGCCUUUUUGUGUUUUCAUACAGUAUGCUUUUUCCAAACGCAGAAAGAAACAAUGAGUAGAACAUAACGUCUGCCACUGGAUAGAUGCAGUGGGUUGGGUUUACUUGCUGAGAAACUCUUUGAAAUUGUUUGUUUGUUACAUUUUUUUGCUCUGUAAUGAGUCAUUUUGUUUGGGCUGAUUUUUAUAUUUUUACUAAUUUUCAGAAACAUUUACUCCAAAGUUUGCCUUUUUUAAAUAUGGACUCAAACAUCAUUGGACUGCAUUGUGAACAAAAUAUACAUUUUGAACAAUAAGCUUUUAAUUUGUGGUUACCUUAGCUUUAUUUAAUUAUUUUCUACAUUGUCAUUUGAUUUGUUUGUGAAAUAUUUCAGAUUAAAGUAAAUGCCUUGAGA